AUGGGCCUUCUGCGUUGGCUCCGCCAUGGCCCAAGGUUCGUCAACCGCAAUCCUUCCGACGUCACCUUGACCGGAUGGAUGGGAGACACUACCGAGUUCCCCCGGUGGGCGCGGUCUCUGGAGCGAGCCAGAUCGAGCAUGCUGUUGUUUGCCCCCGGCUGCAUUAGUACCUGCUGUCGGGCACCAAAGUCACGCGGUGGCAAACAGGCCACCCCGCAUUUUAAGCCGCAUUCGCAUCAGAGAGUUGAAACCGAUCUGCUCACCGGGAAAUUAGCAUUGACUUUGGGCUUCUGGCACGGGACCGACUGCCCUGACAUCGAUGAUAACCGUCCUUCCAUGUGCUUGGACAAUUGUACAACCGACGGGAAAGCCACGACCGGAUGA